CAUACAGAGAAAAAGGCCAUGUGGUGAUGUGGUCACAAGCCCAGGGAAGCCACCAGAAGCUGGAAGAGACCAGGGCGGGAUUCUCCCCAGAGCCUCCAAUGGGGUGGGUGAAGGGAGGAAGAGUGGAUUCCAGUGCAGUGAACUGAUUCGAUUCCUGCAGAGGGAGAGGCGCAGGGCACCUUUGAUGCUCUGGGGCCACCUGGGAAGGCUGCCGGCCGCUGGCCACGGCUCUGCGGGGCUCCCUGCACCUCACCUUGGGCAGCGAGGUAAGUGGGCCACAGGAACUCUACGACAUGGCUCCCAGUACCGCUGACCCAAGCAGCAUCUCCCACAAUGCCAGCGUCUGCCUCCCUCAGCAACCACCCCGGGCAGCCAGCGUGACGCUCUGUCUGUUCUACACGGUCCUCUUGGUCUUCAGCGCCCUGGGAAAUAUCCUUGCCCUUUAUCUUGCCUGUUUAAAGGGCAAGAAGAUCAACUCAACAGGUGUCUACUUGGUCCACCUGGCAGUGUCCGACCUUCUGUUCACCAUGGCCCUGCCUGGGAAGAUCACCUAUUACGCGCUGGACUUCAGCUGGCCUUUUGGUGAAGGGCUCUGCAGGCUGACAGCAUUCGUAUUCUUCAUGAACACCUACGGGGGUGUCUAUCUCAUGACGUGUGUGAGCGUGGACCGCUACCUGGCGGUGGUCCACACCCACCGGAGCCUCCGGCUCCGCAGCGUCCGCCGAGCGAGGCUGGUCUCUGUGGCCGUCUGGGCCCUGGCGGUCCUGCAGACAGUGCCCCUGCUCUUGAUACCCAUGACCACGACUGUGGCGGGCAAGAUCACCUGCAUGGAGUACAACAGCACUGAGAUGUUCAGGAUGUCCCUCGUCAUCCUGGUGGCCUGUGUUAUAAGCUUCUGCGGGCCAGUAGGGGUCAUGUUAUUUUGCUACGUGAAGAUCGCAGUGAAACUGUGCAGGACAGCCCAGGACAACCCUCUGGCGAGCGGGAAAGGGCACCACCGGAGGGCCUGCCUGCUCACUCUGGUGGUGCUGGUCGCUGUGGUCGUGUGCUUCAGCCCCUACCAUCUCAACAUCAUGCAGUUCAUGGCGAGACAGAUGCUCUACCUGCCGUCCUGCUCCCAGCAGAGGGCUUUCAAAAUCUCCCUUCAGCUCACCGUGUCCCUCAUGAACAUGAACUGUGGCUUUGACCCCGUCAUUUACUUCUUUGCCUCUACACGUUACAGGAAAUGGCUCCUCGGCAUUUUAAAACUCAGAGCGUCAGCAUCCUCCCCUUCCUCCCUGAGGAGAACUUCCUCAGAAACACCAAGCACCAACAAGACUGCAGGCUCCACCCCCCUAGGGGAGAAUCAAGUCUAAUGGUUUUGUUUUUUUUAAUCCUCCCCUGAGGACAUUUUUCUAUUUAUCUUCAGAUAGAGUGGGAGGGAGAGAAAGGGAGAGGAAGGGAGAAGAAAC